AUGGGAGAUUUAAUUGAUUUGAAAAGUGCAUGGAAAGUCCUUAAAGAAAUCACCUACAGACGGGUUUUGGUGGUUUUCAUGUCCAAAAUCCUGAUUUUUUGUUCUUUUUUCUUGAAAGGAUUUCGUCUCAAUAGUAACAGUGGAACGCCUUAUUCAGGAAAAGUGGAGGUCUUACACGCGAACAGAUGGUUUGGACUUUUUCGAAAUUUAUUCAAACGAAAGUAUCAGAGAAGAAUAUGUAAUGUCCUAGGAUAUCCGGGAGCGAUGAGAAUAUGGAUUUACAAGACGAAGCAAAGACAAUUGGUAGCCACUAUAAUGAAAUGGAAUGGAACCGAAGUAAAAUAUAGAGUGUACAUUGGAGGGGUGCAAAAUGUUGCUGGUCUAACUUGUAAAAAAGGUAUAGGUUAAAAUAAUUAAGGCCGUUUUCAAUUACCAUUGUUUUACCCAUGUGGGUGGGACGGGUUAGCUUGUUUGAGCACGGUUUUCUAGCUUGACAAUGCUGUCAUACGUGAAAGCUGAAUCACUGACAUUGAAAUGUACUAAUGCACCUGACUUCAAUUGGUCGGUCGUCCUGCGUCCUCGAUUUUUAAAAGCACUUUGCUGCACUUUAAUAUUUAUUAUUAGAAUUCGUGUUCCGCUUGGUACUUCUCUGGUAACAAUUUUGAAUAACCGCUACAAUAAUGGAGCACUUGAAGCUUUUAGAAAACUUCAACGCUCGGAGCUCAAGUUGGGUAAAGCCAAACUAGAUCUUGAAUUUCUGAAAGCAUGCAAAAAAGGCUCGGUAAUACCACGAUUCCUGUGGUUCAAGGUUGCGAAUCGCCGUUUUGCGGAACUCCAGAGCCUACAGACAAUGUCAGAACAAACUGUUACAAGAUGAAAUCAACGCCAAACACGCAAGAAUAAUCUUUAUUAAAAAUGUUAAAAUUAAUGGUUUAUGGCUCUUUUAAAAGCACUUUGCUGGGCUUUAAUAUUUAUUAUUAGAAUGCGAUUGUAAUCGAUAAAUUGCUGCAUGUGAGUAGAUGAUAUAUGGGUAUACACACAUCCUACUGCAGUAUGACGUCUAUAACUAUACUUUAACAACAUUAUAAAUGUACUUAAAUUAUUAACAUAUAGACCCAUUGUACCCGGAAAAAUGAACGAAAGUGGAGUUCAUUAUUCCGCAUUCUGAGUGGCGGUUCGUUUCACAUUCUCCUCCAAAUUUCAUGUAUUAGUUGAUUAUAAGGUCAACUGCAAGAGGUCCAGUGGUUCGCUGGAGGAUUUGAAAUCAUCAUUGUAUAUAAAAAAUAUAUUGCUGCAAUACAAUUAUUGCUGAAAUGGAUUUAGAAGACUAUGUUUCUUUUCUUUUCAUUUUAGCAAUUCGGUUAGUAAAUAGUGAUAAUGGAAAUAAUAGUGACCACUAUGGAAUUGUUGAAAUUUAUCGUGAUGCGAAAUGGUGGAAGCUGAGUGACAAUCAAUGGAGUAACGCUGAUGCUAAUGUUGCUUGUCAUUACCUGGGCUAUGACAGAGCUUCCGAAAUCUAUACUGAGACAUUUUCAAGGAUAAAUGCGACAAUUUUAUCUGUUGAUUUCAAAUGCCGUGGUAACGAAGGAGAACUAGCCGACUGUUUUCAGGAACAGCGAAAAACGAACGCUAGUUACAAAGCUAAAGGUUCUGGUGUGCGUUGUACUGUUGAUGGUAAGUCGUCGUGCAGGAUGAAAUAUAUACAUGCGCACUGGCGUAGGAACCAAGGCGGUGGGAGGAAGGAUAGACCGUCCUAAAAUUUUGUAAGGGGGUUUUAUUCCUCCCUCCCCCUAAAAAUAGAUAAGGUGCGCAUAGAUUUGCUGAAUAAGUCAUAUGCGUAUAGAUAUGAAACUUGUAGAAGAAAUAGUAUUUGACAUAGAGUAGAUAUUUUUUUAUUUUUUUAAACUGCGAGCUCUUUCCCAUCAAGUUCAAUCAUGCUUCAUCUGCUGGCUAUUAUAGCCCGCUGAGACCCCAACAAUUCAUUCAAUUUACCAAAACCGAACAUGAAACAAUUUUUGCAACAUUUUUGUCAAUUAAAUUCUUCAAUAUUGCGCCAAAACUGUGUGCAGGAAAUGAUAUUUCCGAACCUCGAUUUUAACUUUUUUUACCGGACCCCCAUUUCAACGAUAGAACGAGGCAUAUUACAUACUGUAAACAUGAGGAAAACGUUAUGAAUUCAUAUUAUGAUCAUUAUGACUCAAAUUAAGUAGAAGACAUGCUCUUUACCAUGUACAGGGUGUCCGCUCUUUUGUUGGAAAACGCGCAUUGUUAUACCUAUGGGAAUUUAAUUUAAUUGCACAUGAAUGGCGGAAUAUUUAUAACUUUCCGAUCGUCCAAAUGAUCUAACACGACGAAAGUAAAACAAAACUAUUUCACAAAUAAAUGGUUUCUGUUUAUUUCAAAUUAAAUUAAAAGUUAUGGGCCUUAAAAAAUAAAGUUAAGUUAUGCCCUUCAAUGUGUCCCCCAUUUCGUUCGACGCAAAAAAUGCCGGGUUCGGUUGUGCAUGUGGCGUACUGCGUUAUGGAUCAUUUCAGGCUGCUGCCGUACUGUAAAACGUUAAAUUCAUCGAUUAUCCUCUGGCGUAUAGCACCGAUGUUCCGGGGUGGAGUGGAGAACACUUUGUUUUUAAGAUACCCCCACAUAAAAAAUCACAAGGGGUUAAGUCCGGCGAUCGAGGUGGCCAUUCCACGUCACGGUGCAAAGCUAUCAAACGAUUCUCUCCAAACACUUCGCUAAGGCGAUCUCUUACUUCAAUAAGGCAAUGUGCUGGAGAGCCGUCCUGUGCUCACCAAAGACCCCUGAACAUUCCUUCCCAAUACUGGUUGUUGAAACGAAUGACAAGUUGUGGGAAAGCAAAUUCACAUUUUGAUCAAAAACGUAAGGUCCCAAAAUCACGCCAUUCCCGAAAAGUGCUGUCCGGACAGUGAGCUUUUCACGAGAAUUCCUGCGUUCAAAGUUAAAGGCCUGUAGGUGUCCCUUUGGUGCAUGCAUACUGGCGCACAUUGUGAGAGUUGACUUGUCCAUUCAUUGUAAAUCCUGCUUCGUCUCCAAUAAUGAUAUGCUUUGCCAAAAAUUGGGGUUUCGACAGCGUUGAUUAAACCAUUGGGCAUAGCGUAUAGUCGACGUGGCAAGUCGUCUGGCAAUAGAGAUCUUACGAUUUAGGAUGGUAACGCGACGGCAAUGGCUACCGAUGCAAUAAAUCAUUGAAUAAGAAUUGAAUAGUAGCGAUUGAUACACCAGAUGGAAAGCGUAAUUUAAAAUGAAAAUUAAAGCCCAGCAAAUGACUUUCAGACAAGACAUAACAAACUGUAAAAUUUAUUGGCUAACGUUUAUAGUUUAACGUUUAUUGUUUAUACUUAUAUAGUUUAAAUUUUAUAGUUUGUUAUGUCUUGUCUGAAAGUCAUUUGCUGGGCUUUAAUUUUCAUUUUUAAAUUAAGAAUUGAAUAAUUACGAUAUAUACGAAUAAUUUAGACAUUGUCCUCACUCUGUUUGCAACGCCAAAUCACAGAUUUUCACGUCUUGGUACAACGGCUGCAUUUCAAGCCGCAACAUGCAAGUGCAACUUCAAACUGGGUUCAGCCGAACUCUUCCCAACCAUAAAACCCAUGUCUUCAACUUCUAAGACUGUAUUAAAUUCAUACGAUUGAUAAUAUACGACGAAUUAUCUUUACUACCAUUUAUUUGAAGGAGAUUGUUUUGGCCGUCGUCGUUGCGUUGCCCUCCUAAAAUCGUAAGGUCUCUAUUACAAAGUUUAAGUUCGACUUCCAAUACCGAUACCGAUACCGAUGUUUUCACUUCCGUUAGAUAAAGUAUAGAACAUAUUAAUCGUCACCGAAAAUGUGCGGCAUACAUAACGGCAGCUGUGCUAAAAUUCCGACUAAAACAUGACUCGGCGAUGCUAAUAAACAAAUAGUUUACAUGUUUAUCGUAAAAAUUAUGAAAUAUCCGAUUUAUAUGAGUUUAUCUUACAAUUCCCCCGACUUCCAAUACAAGGCCGUCUUCGGUAGUGGUGACUUCCAACACACUUGUCCUCGUGCUUCUUGCGAGCAGAGAGCAUGCGCAUGACAUGUUGUUAGUAUCGGUAUUGGUAUCGGAAGUCGAACUUAAACUCUCUAUUACCUCGUGCCGUACGAGCAUUCGGGUAAGGAUGCCAUAGUAAAUCUAAUCUUGUAAUCCUGUUGAAACUCGAUUUUGAAACUUCAACAGUAUCACGACGAGCGCUAUAUAACACCUCGUGGGGAUUCCUCUAGCAGAACUCUCGCAGCAGCAACGUUUUCUUCACUUCGAGCAGUUCUUCGCCUGCCCGAAUUGCCCUUGUUUCGAUUUAAGUUUGUUCACCUGUGUUGUGGUAUUAACUAUUAAGGAACGCUUUUCAGAAUCGUCUUUUUGUUAGGUGGAUUCCGAUCAAGAAAUCGUAUUCUAAACGCGUUUUUCACUUCAGUUACACUUUGCGUUAACGUAUAAGUUGUUACGGCAAAUGUUUCUUGACAUUGAUUUCUCGUGUAAAAUUGACUAUAAAAUGAUAUUAAUAGGAAGUUACACUUGUUCUCGAAGUAUUGAUGAAAAAUUACACUUGUGUUUGGCGAAAUACUUAUAAACACGCGUGGGAUUUUUCAUUAAUACUUCUUGGAACCAUGUAAUUUCCUGUAUACUAGUACUUAUUUACUUAAGAAGACGGUUGUCAUUAUGAUGCUAUAUCAGUUCUGUAUAAUUACUACACUUUCAAAUAUUUGCGUUUGUGGGAAUUAAGCAGCAUAUGUCUAUUGCUUUGCCAAAACUUUCAAUUCGCAAUCUGCCUCGAUUAUUAUUGGAUGGUGUUAAAACUAUCGUGGUAAAUUUAUUUUGUUUCCUCCUGUUUGACUGCAAAUUGAGUGAUUAAAUGUGAGGUAAACUCCAACCAGAAAACAAAAAUUUUGCAUAUUCUAACUACAUUAGUUUCAAGUAUGGCCUUGUGCUAACUGCUUAGGAAAACUGUCCAUCCAUGCACCUCAACCCCUGAAGCUUAUAAUUAUACUCAUUCGAACACCAGCGAUAGGCUUACUCUGGGGCGGUAAAUCGCCCAAAAUCGCAUUAUCUCACGGCGAUUUAAGGCGAUUUACCGCCCCAGAGUAGGCCUAGCGAUAUUACAUGCAUGCAUGAUCUACUUUUAAGAUGUGUUAUAUUAUUAUAUACUCGCGAUAUAAACUGAAUGAUGAAUAUAAUUUAGAUGAAGCACUUUUGCAAGUCACACUAUUUUUAUUGCAUUUUAGGUGAGGAGCUUUGUAAAACUUGCGAAUGUCAAAAUCGUUCCGUGAAUUGUUAUGGCAAAAAUUUAAAUUGGAUGCCGUGGAUUCCAAAAAAUUACACAGCUGAGAAUAUACAAGAGUAAGUACAUUGCGAUUGUUGCAGUCAGCAAGUAAUCAUGUUACGAUCGAAGAUACUAAAGGCCGAUUUCCACUUCAACUGUAUCGUUAUUCGUAACGUAUCGUAGCAUAUUCUUUUGUGUCGAAGUCAUUACAGUAGUUCCAUUCUAGUGCAUGCUCAUGCAGGAAACAAAGAAAUCUGCUGCGCUUCGGUGCGAUAUGGUUGAAGUAGAAAACGGCCUUAAGAUGACGUUCACGAGAAGACAAUCAAGUGGUUUUUUUCAAUGAGUUCUCCACUACAAUAGAUUUAAUCGGUUGCAAUUGUCAGCUAAUUAACAAAAUAAGUAAUAAUCCCCUAGCCGACGGCGAGGGUACUAAUUCCUCCCGGCUAUUUACACCCGGGGAACGAAAGCAUUAGCGAAGUCUAAAAUUCAUCAAUUAUCGCGGGCGUGGGUGACCAACGAUGGGUGGUCAACGAUGGGUGGUCAUCCUCACUGACCUCAAAAAUAUGGCGGACUGUCAUGAAUAGCGGACACUGAUUGGUCCAAUUUAAAGUUUGCAUUAUAACGACUGCAUGACGACAGCGAAAUAGCGAACAUUUCUUGAUUUGAUGAUUGAUAAAUUUCUUGCAAAUAUAUAUCAUUUUUGCUCGCAUUUUUGCAAGAUUUUGUAAAUUUCAAAAGCUUUCUCAUAAAGAAAGGGCGAAAGAAUCGGCUAAAAGAAGGGAGCCGACGUUAACAAAGGUAAGUUUGUUUUAAAUAUUGAUUUUAUAAUGGAUUUAAAAUCCGACUGCCUUUGGCCCUUUGCGUAUAUGAAACAACUAAACAAGACAGCACAUAAUUUCAGUGUAUCUUUAAUAUUGAUUCCUAUUAUAAUAUUAAAUUUUUUAAAUAAAUAAAAAAGAAAGCAAAGUUAUUUGCAUGCGAGAAUUUGAAAUCAUUUUACUGCAAACUCAAAGUUUAUCGAUAAAGCCAUUGCAUUAAAGGCACUUUUAGUUUAGUUUUAUAAAGAACACUUUAAAACGUUUGGCGAAGCGUUUGUGGUUGAAUUUUACCUUAAAUUGAAGCUUAUAUCACGUAUAAAAACAUUCCUAACAUAUAUAUGUUGGGAAAUUGAUAAUUUUGUAAUUAAAAGUGAUAUUUUAGGCGAUAUAUUUUUCAUUUGUAAGAAUAUUCUUAAAAAAUUAUCGUGUUACCAUGACAACUGCUUUAUAUAUUUCUUGUUCGAAAAAUACAAUGGUUUUGUCAGAAGGCGAGGGUUUCUGCAUGCAUGUAUUUUCUAGUAUAUAAAAACAUAGACACAGUGAUAAAACAUGUCAGCUAUUUAUGGCGGACCAUUAGACAAGUGAUGGGGUGGGGGGGGGGGUCGCGCCAAGGGAACCAAAGGGGAAAACAGAGCAAAGAGGAAAGCAUGCAAAGGAAAAUAUCUUAUAUAUUUAAAAUUCCGAAAAAAUAUUCAUGCAAGUUAAAAAUCCCCUCUCCCCCCACCCCCAAACACUUUUCUAAUGGUCGGCCUCUUUGUGCUAGUUGUAAGAAAAUAUGUGCCCCCCCCCCGUUUGUAAUUCUCAAAUUCACGCCUUAUUAUCUCUGUGAUGUAACAGUAGAGAAACAUAGAAACAUAUAAUCUACUUUUUUCUCCACAGGUACUUGCUUGGAAAAAAUGCCAUUCAUACCGUGAACAAGUUCCAUCUUCGGGAAUUCACUUACGUUCGCAAACUGUAAGUCAUUUUAGGAUAUCAAACAAUUUAUUGUAUUCACGUGCAAGUACAAGAGCCCUUGCCAAAAUUAAUUAUUCUUCAAAGUGAUGCAAUCGGCCAUCCCAUUGCAUGCAUGGUCCACUGUAUAACUAAAGUGAAAUGUGAAACAGAGUACCGCAACAGAGUAAAUAUUUGUAAAGUUCGUGAAGAUAUACUGAAAGUAAGAAAAAUGUAUAGUGUCAAAAUUAAAGAAUUAAAACCGGUCCGACAUUCGAGAGGAGGCUUAUAAUUAUUACCAAGAAAUGCGGCUAUAUUAAUUAACGCUUCUAUGUCAAACCAGAAGAGGAAUGAGACUAUGAGAGUCUUCCCGAAAUGCAACGCGCGCCUCAUUAGAAUUCACACCAUAUUUAUUCAGCAAAAUAAAGCAAAGAUAUGUUUUGAUAACAUUUUUGUUUAGUAAUUUAAUAAAAGAAUUUUUGGAAUAGUUUUGUAUAUAUAUAUAUAUAUAUAUAUAUAUAUAUAUAUAUAUAUAUAUAUAUAUAUAUAUACAACUAUACUUUAAAACAUGAAUUUACUCCAUAAAACCGAAGAGUUAUCGCGGUUUGAAAAUGAGCUAUUUUUGCUAUAUUCUAUAAUAUAGCAUGCAAUCGAACGACGCGUUGAGAAUAAAUAUUUAUAAUAAUAGCCUAAUGAGCCACGUAUUGAGGCGUGCAUCGCAUUUCGGGAAGACCGUCAUUCCUCCUCUGAUUUCAAACUAUUAUUAGGUAUUAUAAUACUAAUUUCAAAAACAAUUUCCCGCAGACCAAUCGAUCUGAUGUGGCCAUUUACCAAUUGUCGAUUUCACAUAGUGAGAAAUGUAUAGUCGUACUCCUGAAUGUUUUGACACAAAAACAUGACACGUUUCUUUGGGCGAAAAGAAGGAUCCGCGAUUUUUGUAAUAAUCUUUUUCAAAUAAAUCGACUACUAAUUACGGCUGCUUGUUUUAGGAACUGUAACAGUUCCUAUACGACAAGCAACUGUCCAAAAAAGCGUGUUAUUAACUUUUCACGUGUAUGCAUGAACGCGAUUGACGGAAUCGUGAAAAUUUUGUUGCCGUUCCGAAUUCAUCCAUUGCUGCAAAAUGCUGAAUAAUUGCAUGAACAAAUGUGCCAUUUUUACAGCAUAUUUCAAACCUCCUUUUUCUUAUUACUACAGGGAUUUGUCAAAUAAUCGGAUAUCACAAAUUCAAGAAGACUUGUUCGUAUACACAAACCAACUAAGAGACUUGUAAGUUUUGUCAUACCUAUACAUGCAUUACGUUACUGUAUCCCUGGAACCCACAAAGUUCGUACGAGUUGUGGAAAGCGUCAUAGAGGGGGGGGGGGGUACGUUUGUGCGGAGAAAAAGUUUUACACGAUUACAACGACGAUUUUAAGACCCGUUGCGCUUCCAUUUUCCUUUUCAUUAUUUGCUCGUUUUUUAAAAUAAUUGCCACAUUUUUAGUAGUAGAAUCCACCCGAUUUUUAAGUAUAAUUGCCCGAUUUUUAAGUAACUGCCCGACUUUAAAAUGACGUCAAGUGCAAACCAAGAAUAACUGAAAUAGAAAGGAAUUCAAAGCAUUAGCGAAGUCUAAAGUUCAUCAAUAAUCGCGGUCACGUGGCUAUGAUCCAAGGCUAUGAUCCUCACUGAUCUCAAAAUAUGACUGUUUGCCAGGAGUGGGAUAAGCAAGAUUUCAAUUUUGAAAACCAUAUGUUUCGAAAAGAAUUUCUUACAGUGAACGUUGAAGCAAUUUUUGUUUAAAAAUGAGAAGAAUUGUGAAGUAUGGGAAAUCGUGAAAUAUAGGACAAGUUUGCUUUGAAUGAUCAAUCAGUUUAUGAAUUUUGCUGCUGCCAUGUUAAUUGCAUUGCUUUCCUUUGAAUGAACCGGUAAAUUUCUAAAUUACCUGUUUAAUUUUUUUUUAAAAACUUAAAAUGGAAAGGAGAGCAAAUUAUUUGAAGACCGAACUGAAAUUACUCAACAGUAGACCUUUUUAAAAAGUCUGCCUUGUGACGUAGUUUGUGGAUAAAGGAAAAUCCCGCACAGCCAUUUGGCUUGCCUGAUUGGCCAAAUGAUCGUAUUUAUCGGAAAACUACGUUUCAAGGCAGACUUUUUAAAAAUGUCUAUUGUUGACCCAUUACGAAUACUUCAUGCUAAAUCAAUGUUUGGAAAAUAUAGGCGAGCUGAGGGGUCACUGCAUGCACGUAUUUCUAGUACAUUAAUAAAUGUAGAGAAUAUAUUACACCACGGCUGUCAUUCGUGAUUCAGUUGACGCAAUAAAGGGAAGGAAUGGCGUGUGAAAUGUUCGAGCACCAAUUUAAAAAGUCACCCUUGCAACUAUGCAUGGGUUCACAGUCGUUCAUAGAACGCCUGAAAGUCAAAAUUAAUUAAACAACAAAUUUGAACGCAUGUUAAGGUCAACAAAUUUCCCCUACAAAUUAAAUAAUCCUGAACGGUCUUUGCCAGUGUAAGUAGUACCAAAUAUUAAGAAUUAAAAGCUGUGAAUUGAUAGGCAUACAAUUGCCUAAAAAAACACGAGGAGAACUUCGACGUUUCGAGCAUAAAAGUUCACUAGCAUAAAAGUUCAUGUAAUUUUCCCAUAGAAAUAAUAGAUAUGGAAUACGUACUCCUAUCUUUUCUCAGUAAAAAUUUUGUCUCCACAAAAUGGCGGAUCAAAGUGCAUUUUGACUCGUUCCAGACUCCUGCGACAGGGAAUUUCGCGCGGUUUCGAAGAGUGCGAAUUGUUUUUUCAAUAAAGUUUCCAAAACAGAUUUGGAAAACAAAACCUUUGGACGAUAAAGACUUACCGUAUUUACUCGAUUGAGCGCCACCCCCGAAUGAGUGCCGCAUUUGAGAUCAUUUUUUUUAAAGAGUGCCGACCCCGAAUGACCGCUGCACUAAUUCUUUUCAAAUGCGGACCCUUUCAAUGCGACGAAUUUACGUCUUCUGAUGUCGAGGGGGCAUAUCCAACGAUGUCAAUGGUUACGAUGCAGCAGUUGCAGUUGAAUCAUGAAGAGGACAUGAGUGACAUUGGUAUUUGUAAACUUGUAAACAGUAUAAGAACUUUCCGCCGUCAAAAUGCGGACAUUUAGUAACAAAGACAUUUAAAACUUGUUUAUUUUAUUGUUAAAAGUUGUUGUUACAAUCCACAAAUAAAAUAUUUUUUAAAGAGCGCCGCCCCCGAUUGAAAACCGUAUCUGAAGCACUGAAAAUUUAAAGAGCGCCGCGGCGCUCAAACAAGUAAAUACGGUAGUCUUAGCUUUGUUUAUACUUUGUAUUUCUCACUACUAGUCACAUGCAAUAUGGCGGAUUUGAAAGGGCAUGCUUGAGAAAAAGUUGAGACAUGAUUCGUGAUCAAGUAUGCAUUCUAUAUCUAUUAUUUCUAUGAAUUUUCCCGACCCCCGCUACUAUAUAACUUCCCGACGAAAGUUCUACAACAUCGAAGUUCUCGUUGUAUUUUUCAAGUGGUUGUAUCCCUAUCAAUCCGCAGCUUUCUCAUAAAUUAAAUACAUUAUCAACAUACAAACAUUUACGUUCAAUAUUGGAUGUUAAUUAAACAAUUCUUUCUAUCGACCAUUUCAGGGACUUAUCUGAGAACCACAUAUCAAGUAUAGCACCAAAUCUAUUUGCAUUUACUGGUCAACUCAGUUAUCUGUAAGUAUGCAUGUUGUUUUGUUACUACCUAACAAUGUGCAUUUAAACUGAAACAAAAACACAUGUUGUUUUUCCCAGAUUAAUAGAAGGUUCAUGAUAAUUAUUCUGGCAUGCUAAUUAAUGUGUUCUACACAUUUACAGGAAUCUCUCAGGUAACCGAAUCGAAUCCUUGACAUCUGAAAUGAUGAGAAAUUUACACAGUCUAACAGUGCUGUAAGUGUAUUAGUUUACUUCAUCCACAUAUAAUCGUCACCACCAUUUCAUCAUAUGAAUGUUGUCAUGAAUCAAAAUCAUGUUGACUGCACAUUAAGUUAUCCAUGCUUAAUCAUUCUUCUUGCAUGAAUAUAAUGAUUUUUAUCUUGUUAACAAAAUAUUUUUAUUAGCUCUUUGUUGCUUUGCCUAAUCCUAACGAUAAACUUAAAAAGUUUUUUUUGUGUUUACGAAAUUAAUUAAAAUACAUAAACAUUAUUAUUACUGUUACUGUACACGGCUGUACCGUCGAGGAAAUCCAGUACUCCUUCAAAUAGGGACAUUGGUAAUUAAACCGUGACGCUAUGAAUGCUAAUGAACAAAUAUAAACCAAAUAAAUAAAAGUGAUGUUUCCCCAAACAAAAAGCAAAUUUUGUGGGUGGGGAUAUAGGCCCACCAACCCUCUCCCCUGUUUCGCCGCCCCUGGAUUGACCAUUAAUUUAAAAUAAUUCGUUAAAUUAAUUGCAGAGACAUUUCAAGAAAUCAAAUAAGACAUUUUGAUGAAAACCUUCUUGUUAAUUUAUGGAAUUUGAAAUUUCUGUAAGUAAUUAUUGUAUUAAGUUGUUCUUAAUAUAUAUUAGUUCUUCUGUUGCUAAUUAAGCUGGUAUAGAAGCUUUUUCACAAAAGAAUACAAAUUUUAAAAUGUUACAUUAGAUUAAAUCUUUGAAUUUCAUAAGUAUACCAAGAAACGUUAUAGCGCAAGUCAUAAUUUCAUUCCAUUCCAUUCCAGGUACACAGACCGAUUCACCCACUGUUGUCAUGCAAAAAAAAUAAACCCUGAAGUCAAUUGUUUUGCUCCGGCUGACGUCUUCUCGAGUUGUAGUGAGCUUCUGAAAAAUGAUUUUCUCGAGGUGUUCGUGUGGAUUGUCGCUCUAAUGGUUGCAUGUGGAAACCUUGGGGUCAUUUUUGUCAGAUUUAAUGUCGAUACUAGAGGCUUACAAACAUUAUUUAUCAAUAGUUUGGUUUCGAGUGAUAUACUUAUGAGCAUCUACCUUUUAAUCAUUGGGUACAAUAACGUGACAUAUAAAGGAAAAUAUUUUGAACACGACGAAAAAUGGCGGUCAAGCAAAAGCUGCACCGUCGCAGGCGUUAUCUCUUUAAUCUCAAGCCAAGUUUCAUUGUUUAUGAUAACGGCUAUUACCACAGAACGAUACUGGAGUAUUGUCCAUAACAGCAAAAGAUUCAGCAGAUUUGGAAGUAAACUAAGUUGGAACAUUGUUAGUUUUGCGUGGCUGUUCGGCGGUGCAAUCGCUAUUUUUCCAGCCGUAUUUCCUCGGUAUUUUAACUCAACUUAUAUGACCUUUUACGGCCAGAACAGCGUUUGUCUUCCACUACAGUUACCUGAUGAGAACAGAGAGGUUCUUGGUUGGGAAUAUUGUUUGGGAUUAUUUGGUUGUAUUAAUGCUGUUUUAUGUAUCUAUGUAACGACAUGUUACAUUAGAAUGUAUAUGUCAUUGAAGCAGAAUGACAUUAGGAAUACCACUACACGAAAACAAGAAGACUCAUAUCUUGCGAAACGGAUGUUUGGUAUAGUGGUGACAAACUUAUGUUGCUGGAUUCCUGUUGUCACUUUUACAUUUCUCUCCCUCCAUGGAUUAACAUCACAUGUGAAAACGUUGCAUGCAUGGUCAGCGGUAUGCCUCUUUCCUAUAAACGCUGCUUUAAAUCCUGUCAUUUAUACAUUCUUUGCUCCUCGAGUGAAGAAGAAGAUAAAUAAUUUGGUAAAGUUGGCAGAUAGACGAACUACUAAAGUUUAA